CCGUGUCCCCACGUCCUGUCUCACCCACUGAAGGGGACCAUCUGUGUGAGACAGAUGUCACCACCAUGGCCACGCACAGUGUGACUCUGCUCAUCUGCCUCUGUGGGCUGGCAGGGAACGGGGCUGUCCUCUGGCUCCUCAGUCUGAAAAGCUAUAACUCUGGCAUCUUUAAGCUGACUGUUGCUGACUUCCUCUUCCUUCUCCUCACAGUCCCCAUUGCCUUCCUCUUCCUGGUGGAGGACGUGUCCUGCUCUCCUGUCAUGCCCCUGCUGUACCUGCGUUUCCUUUUCCAGCUGUCAGUGGUCUCCUACUACUGGGGGCUGUUCUGGCUGAGGCCUGGUGGCACUGUGCUGUAUAUGGCCAAGAUCCUACAGCGCAUCCGCUGGGGGCUUUCCGAGCGAAUGUGGUUGGUGGUGGGGAGUGUCCAGUCCUGGGCCUUCUUUGCUCUCUUCCCUGUCAUUCCCUCAGUGAUAUUUCUCUGUCAAUCACAAGAGCAGGAGCACUGCCGUGUGCCUCUUAUCUCCCUUUAUACCGGCAUCCUGCUCUUCUUUGCUGCGCCCGUGGCCAUUUCUGGCAUAAUUGACUUCAUCAAGGCCAAGCGGGGCUCCCAGCAGCAGCAGCCCCGGAGGCGUGACGUGGUUAUCCAUGUCACUGCGCUGUUAACUCUUCUCCUCAGCUUCUGCAAUUUCCUGCAGCAGCUCGGUUACAUUGAUGUGCCCUCCCAGGCUGUUUUCCUGCUCGCCAGCAUCAACAGCAGCAUCAAACCCUUCAUCUCCUUCCUGGCAGGGAGCUCCUGGAGGGCCUGCUCCAUGGCGAGCUGCUGGAGGCUCUGUACAGUGGGGUCCCUCCGUCUCUACCUUCAGAGAGUCUUUGAGCCUGCCCAGCAUCCGUCCAUGGAGGUGACCACCGUGUCCACAUCGGCCAUCUCACCCACCAAAGGAAACAAUCUGUGUGAGACAGAUGUCACCACCGUGGCCAUACACUGUGUGACUCUGCUCAUCUGCCUCUGUGGGCUGGCUGGGAACGGGGCUGUCAUCGGCCUCCUCAACCUGAAAAUCCCCAACUAUGGCAUCUUUGACAUGGCUGUUGCCGAUUUCCUCUUCCUCCUCUUUGCCGUCCCCUCUGCCCUUCUCAUCCUGGUGGAGGACGUGUCCUGCUCUCCUAUUGUGCCCCUCCUGUACCUGCGUUUCCUUUUCCAGCUGUCAGUGGUCUCCUACUACUGGGGGCUGUUCCGGCUGAUGCUCAACAGCAAUGUGCAGUACAUGUACACGCUCUGGAAGCUCUGCUGGCAUUCCGACCUUCCUGAACGACUGGUGUGGGUGGUGGACAGUGUCCAGUACUCUGCCUUCUUUGCUCUCUUUGCUGUCAUUCCUGCAGUGACAUUCCUAUGCCCAUCACACGAGCAGCAGCACUGUGGUGUGCCGCUCAUCUCCAUGUUUACUCUCACCUUGCUCUUCUUUGCUGCACCCAUGUUCAUUUCCAGCACAAUCGAUUUCAUUAGUGCCAAGUGGGGCUCCCAGCAGCAGCAACCCAAGAGGCGCGACAUGGUUAUCGUCCUCACUCUGCUCUUCACUCUCCUCCUCAGUUUCUGCAAUUUCCUGCAGCAACUCGGUCACGACCUUUUGUCAUCCCAGACUUUUUCCCUGCUCACCUGUCUCCACAGCAGCAUCAAACCCUUCAUCUACUUCUUGGCAGGGAGCUGCAGGAGACCCUUCUCCACAGGGUCCCUCCAUCUCUCCCUUCAGAGAGUCUUUGAGGAACCAAAAGAAAAAACUGUCCACAGCGAUGAUUCCUCCACUGACACUUUGAUAGUGAACUCCACUGAUCCCUUGUACCUAUAUCCAGAAAGUACAUGGAGUAUGGAAAUUCCCAUCACCAGAUGCUUGGACCAUUUAAUUGCACAGAAAUUAGGGGUUCUGCUGCUCUUCUGCAGAACGGGGCCAUCCAUCCUCUGGUUCCCCAGCAUCAGUGUCCAGGGAAGCCCUUGA